CUUCUCGGCUAUAUUUUCACCGAUUCACUCUCUCUCCUGCUGAAGUCGGAUACAGAAAAAACAGAGCAAAAUGGAUGAUGACCAUGAAGAAGGAGAGGAAUACCUGUUCAAGAUAGUGAUAAUCGGAGACUCUGCUGUGGGUAAGUCGAAUUUGCUGUCAAGGUAUGCUCGUAAUGAGUUCAACUUGCAUUCAAAGGCGACGAUCGGUGUUGAGUUUCAGACCCAGAGCAUCGACAUCGAUGGUAAGGAGGUUAAGGCCCAGAUUUGGGAUACUGCAGGUCAAGAGCGUUUUCGUGCUGUCACUUCUGCUUACUACAGAGGUGCAGUGGGUGCCCUUAUCGUCUAUGAUAUCAGUAGACGCACCACCUUCGAUAGCGUUGGUCGAUGGCUCGACGAACUCAACACACAUUCUGAUACAACAGUAGCAAGGAUGCUGGUGGGGAACAAAUGCGACUUGGAGAAUAUCAGGGAUGUGAGUGUAGAAGAAGGCAAAAGCCUUGCAGAAGCAGAAGGCCUGUUCUUCAUGGAGACAUCUGCAUUAGAUUCUACAAAUGUUAAAAAAGCUUUUGAAAUGGUUAUCCGAGAGAUCUACAACAAUGUCAGCAGGAAAGUCUUGAACUCUGAUACCUACAAGGCUGAAUUAUCUGUCAACAGGGUAAGCCUGGUUAACAAUGGAGCUGAUGGAUCAAAGCAAACUGAGAGCAAGUUCUCUUGCUGUUCAAUAUAAUUUCUGUUACAAUGCUCCUGGUGGGUAUGAAUGGAUGAUGUCCAUGGUGAGGUUAUCGGUAAAAUUUGAUUGGCGUUGUUGGGUAUGCUCUCUUAAUGAAUUUGUAUCUAAUCUUAAUGGGUUAUAUUUAGUUGAACAAAGUGAGAUAUUUAAUAGUGUUGUUUUUUAAAUGCAAGAGAUGAAAUUUUUUGUUCCAUGGAGAAGAAAAAAGCAUGUAAUUUUUCAAUGGAAUAAAGUAUAAGAGAUAGAAGAACUGUAUGAUUA